UACAGAUGAAGCUUGGAGAGAAAGAAGAAAGUAGGACAGCCCCAAGCGGACAAGUCAUCACAGCACCUCUCUCACCACACAUAAACGCAUCCACAAAACGCCAUGCUGUCCAUGAACAAGUCCAAGCUUGCGUUCAAUGCAACUAGAUCGAUUGCACAAAUCAACCAAUCGAGAAAUAUCUACCGCUUCCCACUGGAAAGUGACAUCAACAUCACCAAGACCGGUAAAACCAAGAUUGCACACGGUUUGGGUGGACGUCACUCUCGUACCGGAUACCAGGUGUCGGUUUUCGGGGGUACAGGUUUCUUGGGUAAGAUAUUGACGUCCAAGCUGGCCAAACACGGUACCAUCACCAUUGCGCCAUUCAGGAACGGUAGAUCCAAAAGACACUUGAAGGUUUGCGGCGACUUGGGUGUUGUCAACUUCCACGAGUUUGACAUCAGAAACUUGAAGUCAAUCGAAGAGUCUGUCGCUCAUUCCGACGUCGUUGUCAACUUGUUGGGUUCUUCCACAAACACCAAGAACUUCUCGAUGGCCGACGCUAACAUCGAAGGUUCUAACAGAAUUGCCAAGAUCUCCAAGGAUUUUGGGGUCGACAGAUUUGUGCAAGUCUCCUCUUAUAACGCAGACCCUAACUCUCCUUCCGAGUUCUUUGCAACCAAGGGUAUUGCAGAAGAGGUGGUCAAGCAGCAUUACCCUGAUGCCACUAUUGUCAGACCUGCUCCAAUGUACGGUAGAAACUCCAAGUUCCUUAAUGACAUGUUGUCCAUCAAGGUUUUCGGUGGUAACAUCAUCUACAGACAAGAAGUUUACCCAACCCAUGUUGAACAAGUUGCUCAGGCUCUUGAGAAAAUAGUUUACGAUGACUCAACUGCAGGAAAGACCUACGAACUCUAUGGUAACGAAAGAUACUCCAGAGUUGAACUUAGAGAAAUGCUGAAAUACAUGAUCCACUUGAACCAAUACGGUUUCUUCCCAGCUGCCUCUGGUUACGACAUGCCAGCCCCAGAGUUUCUUGUCAAGAUCUGGUGUCUAUUAAACGGAAAAUUGAACCCUUCUUUGGAAGCUUUCGAUUACGAUACCUACAGACGUUCAACUCUUCACCAAAAAAUUGACCCUUCUGCUUUGACUUACAAAGAUUUGGGCAUUGUUAGCGAUGAAUUAGCAGACUGGUUGUACAAAUAUGUCAAGCCUCAUAUUAUUGCUUCUUCUCAAGCCAAGAACAGAACCGUUUACGGUAAAGAGGAAGUUUUGAAAUUGAGAGAUUACGUGAACUCGCCAAAGAACUACCUAGACUUGUUUGGUUACGGCUCCAAAAACUAAUCUUCGAAGAUGAACGAAACUAAAACCAAAGUUUCGCAACCCCACCCCCUACAUUAUUCACUUCUAAUCUCAUUUCACCACCCAUUGCGGUAUUUUUUAGGUUCCAGUAUCUCUGAUACGCUUACUCAUUCACUCAAAACCUUAAUCACAUAAAUGAUUGUUUUGUUUAUUCUUCUCAAUAUAUAGCUAAUGCUCAUAUCUUAUGUUUCCUAUUUUAUACUCACUUUAUUUAUUUAUAGUUUUCAACUGCACUAUUGAACGCUGCAUACUUUUACUGAUUGG